AUGAAAAAGGAACUGCCAGAGUUUGUCUAUAGAUGCUUAGUGUGUCAACAUGUAAAAGUGAAAUACCAGGUUCCUUCAAAGUUACUUCAACCCAUUCAGAUUCCUCAAUGGAAAGGGGAUAGAGUGACCAUAGACUGCAUGACCGGGUUCUCCAUAACUAGACAGAGACACGAUGCAAUUUGGAUCAUUGUUGACAAUUUGACCAAAUUAGCUCAUUUCCUCCAAGUUCGGAUUGAUUAUACCUUAAAGAGAUGGCUAGUCAGAUCGUGUUAUUCAGAUGACAUACUUAGGUAUGUCGUUAUAGAUUUUAAGGGUAGUUGGGAGGACCACCUGCCAUUAGUAGAGUUUGCAUACAAUAACAGUUUUCAGUCAAGCAUUCAAAUGGCUCCGGAAGAGGCCUUAUAUGGAAUAACAAACAUAUUCAAUGAGGGUAAAAUAGUGGGUCAUGACUUGAUCAGAGAAACUGAAGAGAAGGGGAAGUUGACUCCGGAUUUCAUAGGACCUUACGAGAUACUAGAGAAAACUGGACUAGUGGCUUACCAAUUAGCUUUAUCCUCAGAGUUAGAGAACAUUUACAAGGUGUUCCAUGUAUCUAUGCUAAAGAGAUAUUAUUUCAAUCCAUCUCAGGUCAUACCACUAAAGCAGAUCGAUGUAAGCCCAAAUAUGGCCUAUGAGGAAGAGUCGAUCAGAAUCCUAGUAAGAGAUGUAAAGGAACUCAUGAACAAAAUGAUUCCUUUAGUGAAGAUGUUGUGGAGGAACCAUAGCAUUGAGGAAACGACUUAG